AUGACGCCAGCAGACCUCAAGAAGCACAAGCUCCCACUUGCUCCGGUUAAAAGGAUAAUGAGAGCGGAUAAUGAUAUCAGGAUGAUUGUCCAGGAAACUGUAGCUGUCUUUGCUAAGACUUGCGAGAUGUUUAUCCUUGAUACGACUUCACAAGCCUGGAUCAACAAUGAGAAAGAUGGAAGAAGAAAUGUUCAAAAGAAAGAUAUUGCUCUCUUUGCCACGCAUCUAAAUCUGCUGAAACUGGCAAUUAAUGAUAACAAAGCUAUUGCACUUUCAGGUGGACUUGCAAAACUGCCUAUCCCUGGGGAAGAGGAGGCUGCAUUAUUGUAUACACUGGUACUGAAACGUUGCUGGUAG